AUGGCGACUCUACGGGACAUCAUCGCGCGGGAGAAAUUCUUAACUCUUUCAGACACCGAGGCAAUCCAUCUUUUUGCAUCUUCGUUCCCGACAGAGCUCACUCAUCUCCGAAAUGCUAGUGCUACGGUUGAAUCUGGCGCAAGCACGCCUCCCUGCUGCUUGGAUGGAAAAACGCCAUCCGCGCUGAUCUACGGCGCAGAAUUCGCAGAGGUCAACCGUACCCUGAUCAGCAUGCUGGCGCUCAAGUGGAUCCUAGCGGACGACUACGAGACUUUCACACGCGGUCAAUCAGAAGCAAAAUUGGCGCGGGAGACAUUCGAGCGCAUGCAGGAGCAGAUCACGCGGAAUCUGCGCGACACUGACGACAUCUACGCGUUACUAGUGGCAAUCGUCAUCGACGAUAUCGGCAAAGACUCUACUCUAGCCUUGACCGACGAGGCUGAAGCUGAAGCGAAUCACUCCGAAUUAGUCUAUCAUGCAGCGCGAGCAGAUCGCAUCCCGGCGCUGGCGGGUGUUCCCCAACGCGGCAGAGAAGCAAUUCUGCAGAGCCUGCAGAUCGGAAGCAAGCUUAAUCUCUCGCAGUUGGUGCAGGGUGAGUGCGCGCCGGCGAGUCUCUCUGUGCUACGGUCGAUGAGUGAUGUUGAAUGCGGAUACGAGAUGCGCGCGAUGGUGACGCUCCUCGAUGUCGCUGGCGCGGCUGCCCAUCGCGAUGCGAGGGGAUGUGCAAUGAUGACCGAGUCGGUCUGCCGGGCUUAUCUGCGCGCAAUUGAAGUUGUUCGGGAGUUUAUUCAAGGGAACAUUCCGACUGAGCGCGCUUGCUAUGACCGGAUUCUGAUGGAUCGGGCGGAACUUCUCCACGAGAAAGGAUUUGCUUCGCUUUCUGUUGAGAACGCCGAGGAACGAACGCUACUGCGGCUGCUCUGCAUGGGCCGAGGUGAUAGUCUAGAGUCGGCUGAGAUGUUUCACACGGCGUUUCAGGCUCUACCAGAGUCUACCAGACGCCGACUGGUUGAUGGGCUCAUUGUAGAUGGCAUUGGCGACGGGGUGGCGAUUGUCCCAUACUACGCGCCAGGUCUGCUGGCCGAGGUUAUGCGGAAUGUCCACAACAAAGAGCGCAGUUGUAUCGUUGCUGCGUUGUCUGCAUUUCUGCGGUUUCUGGCGCGUGUAUUUGAGGGUCCACGGCCUGGAGCAGACGGAAUUCAAGAGCGCGACCUGUCGUUUGUCCAGGAUGUAAUCAAAAGCGGCAGAUUUGUUGACGACCCAUCUAUCCUGGAUACUGUCAAGCUGCCUUGGAUGGCCUCGAAAGAUAUUAUUGAUCCACGCUUAUGA